UGCACCUGCGCCCUUCCUCCCUGCCCUUCACCUCACCGCCCACCGGCCUGCUUCCUCAUCCUCAGCGCUCAUGUCUCCCUGCUGACGGUACAUCUUCAACUACGACUGAAACUACAGCACCUCGGUGAACUUCCAAUAGGACUUAUCCGUGUAAAAUGUGGACUACCGAGCGACAAAUCAGACAUUGAAACGCCACCUGUGCCGGCGGGGAAAUGCAGGACGAAAGCGGCAAAGCAGCACCCGGGAGCCCCGCAAACACAGCGCAGGAUUCGCUACAUUUGAACGGACAUACUGUCACUCAAAAUGGCCACAACCAAACAGCUACACCUGCACUGCAGCCGCAGUCUGAAUCGCCACCCCCGAGUCGUGUGCCCACUCCGCCCGUGACCGUCCCAAGGGAGCAGUGGGGUGGCAAGUACGAGUUCCUGCUCUCCUGUAUCGGAUACUGCGUGGGACUGGGCAACGUGUGGCGGUUCCCAUACCUUUGUUACCGCAAUGGAGGAGGUGUGUUUCUCAUCCCCUACUUCAUCAUGCUGUUUGUUACGGGUGUCCCGCUCUUCCUCAUGGAGCUGAGUUUAGGCCAGUACGGAGCAGCUGGACCCAUCACUGUGUGGAAAUGCUGCCCUCUGCUCAAAGGUAUCGGCAUCGGGAUGCUGUGUGUGUCCACGCUGGUGUGUCUCUACUAUAAUGUCAUUAUAGCGUGGACGUUUUACUACCUGGGCAGCUCAUUCCAGAGCCCUCUGCCUUGGUCCUGUGAUGCUAUAGCCAACGCUGCUCUCUGUAACGGCACCUCUGUAAAUAGCUCCACUGGUAAAAUCCUCAGCCCCACAGAACACUUCUGGAAUGAGCGUGUGCUGGGUGUAGUAAACAGUAAAGGCCUUCAUGACCCGGGCCCUGUUCGGUGGCCCUUGGCCCUCUGCCUCCUGGCAGCCUGGAUCAUCAUCUUCCUGUGUAUGCUCAAGGGCAUCCGCAGCUCUGGCAAGGUGGUUUAUGUAACAGCUACCUUCCCAUACUUUGUACUCAUCGUUUUGAUCAUCAGAGGUGCUACACUGGAGGGCUCUCUUCAGGGCAUUGCUUUCUACCUCACACCAGAGUGGAGCCGAUUAGCCAAUGCACAGGUGUGGAACGAUGCAGCCUCACAGAUCUUCUACUCAUUAGGUAUUGGAGUUGGAGGGCUGCUUUCUAUGGCCUCUUACAAUAAGUUUGACAACAAUGUCAUCAGGGACACUAUCAUUAUCACAACAGGAAACUGCAGCACCAGCUUCUUUGCAGGAUUUGCUAUUUUCUCAAUUCUGGGUCACAUGGCAUGGAGGAAGGGAGUGCCUGUUGGGAAGGUGGCGGAUACAGGUCCUGGGUUGGCCUUUGUUGCUUACCCAGAGGCCCUUGCUCUGCUGCCAGGCUCCGUGUUCUGGUCCAUUCUCUUCUUCCUCAUGCUCUUCAUGCUGGGGAUAGAUACACUGUUUGGCAACAUGGAGGGCAUCACUACUGCCGUGCUGGACGAGUUUCCGCAUCUAAGAGCGAACGCGCUGCACAAGUCCUUGUUCCUGGGCGCUCUGUGUUUUUGCUUCUACCUGAUGGGUCUCCUGUUAGUCACUGAUGGAGGGAUUUACUGGUUCACUCUCAUUGACUCCUUCAGCACUAGUUUCGGCCUCAUCAUCAUCACCCUCUUCAUGUGCAUUGGCAUCUCCUUCUUCUAUGGAGUCAACCAGUUUUGUAAAGACAUCAUUGACAUGAUCUGUCACUGCCCUCCCUGGUGCACCAAAGUGCUGCUUUACUUCAAAGCAUGCUGGGUUUUCUUCACUCCGUUUCUUCUGCUGUUCAUCCUGACCUACAUCUUCAUUGAGAUGUACAACACGCCGCUGCACUACGGCUCCUAUGUGUAUCCACGGUGGGGCAAAGCGCUGGGGGUGUGCAUGGGCGCGACCUGCUGUCUGCAGAUCCUCAUCUGGGCCAUUGUGGCCAUCAGCAAGGAAACUGGAACUCUGAAAGAUCGUUUCCAGAAAUCGAUUCGACCUCUAAAUUCCUGGAGGGUGAACAACUUGAACAGCACUCAGAGAGUGGAGGAGCGCGUGGAGCCAGACAGAGUGGAGGCUCCGUUCACCGUCACUCUCACAGACAUGGACUUUACCGCGAUGAGGUGGGACAUGGGAAGCGAGGCGUGACAGCACGCAGGGCAGCGGUGAACACAAAAGAGAUGAGCAAACUAUGUUGUCAAGUGACAAAGGAAUUUAUUAUUAUGUUAUUCGCCCCAGCGAGGCCCUGGUGGCUGAACAGACUGUGUCCUGCAGGGCAGUGUGUAUUAAUGGCUUUAUUUAUACUAUAAUGUUUGUUUAAAUCAUGUUGUUGUUUUUUUUAAAGGUUUUAUUUUCAUUGUGUAGAAUAUAAUGGUUACAGUGGAUCAUCUUCACCUUAGGUAUGAUAGCAGCAUCCUAUCAGGACAUUUGGAUGAUGAUGAUCUUGCAGUGUGUCUUAUGAUUUUAUUUAUUAUCAUAGUAGCAAAGUACAAUGGUUUUACACUGAUGGCAUUCAGCAGCGGCUGAGGGACCAGAUUUCGUCAGUCAGGUAUUGAUGCUGUGAAUCUUGACUGUUAGCCUCAACAACCGCUUAAGGACCAGGAGGAAUGACCACAAACCAUCAGCCUGUCAGACACAAGGGUGUUGAUGACACCCAGCCAGGAAUACUUUUUAUCCAUCUUACUUUUUAAAAAGAGUGAUUGCUAAAGUUAUUGCUAGAAUAAAGAAAUAAAAAUAACUUGCCAAAUGAAGUGUCUUUCAAAGCACUGUCCAUGUAUCAAUAUGAUACCAGACACCCAGAUGUCUUGUCUGACAAGCUACAUUUCAAAUAGCCAGUUCCUGCAGAAAAUGUACCAAUUCAUUCUCUCAUAAUGAAAAUCAUGUUAUUCAGAAUACGUUAAUAUGACCACUUUUACAACUAAACUCUCCACUAGUAUUGUAGACACGCCUCUAAGUGGGAUUUCUAGAAGUUUCUCACUGUCCCUUGUGACCUUUAGAAAAAAACAAACACUGAAUAGAUGAUUAUUAUGAUUAUUGUCAUAUAAUCAAUCUUGGUAACUUUUCUCACAACUGUGAGCACAUGAAUAUUACUCUAAUUUGAGUGCCUACUAAGGAAAGACAUAAAAUAUGUUAUUUAAAGGUUAUUAAUCAGAAAAUUGGCCUUAAUGCCAGCAGUAAUUUGUACAUGUAGAAGUAUAAUGAUGUUAAACUUGGGAUAGAAAAAUACAAAGUAUUGCAAAAAGACCUCACCCAGCUUGGACGGCUCACAUGGACACACCGGUCACAUCUCUGUUUUUGUUGAAGCGACUGACUGAAACAGAUGGUCCCGGAUGAUUGACAUUAAUUAACCACUACUGUAAUUGCACUUGUCUCAUAGUGGGCUGGGGCUUUAAUAUUGUCCUCUUAGCCUAAAGAUUUAAUUUGGGGUAACAGAUGAAAAUUCCCCAAAUUUUUUCUAGCUGUUUACUCAAAAAACUGUUUUCAACAGGGUAAAGUUGCAAGUUGUGAAUUAAUAGAUAAAACCCUUUCAGUCACAUGAAAUGUUUAGGAUUUAGGAUGACCGGUUUGUUUAUUUUUAAAGCGUCUUUCAAGCAGGGUAAAACCUGUGAUUGAAAACAUUUUCUAUCCUUUGUUUUAGGAUUGUACAUAAAAAUGUACAAAUGUGUCACUUUUACCUCUUAACUCUGCCUUUGUCCACCUUUUGUUGCUGUUCUCUUGUAUAUUGUUGUGCAUAAUGAUUAAAUUGUCAUCUUCA